CUUAAAUGGCAUGUGAAUGACAAAUAUUUACGGAUUGAUUUUAAUAAGAUUAAUGGAAUACCUCGUUAGGCAAGCCAAUCACCUAAUGGCUUAUUUUAGUUAUGACUUCCAUAAGCAUUCAGUCAUGUCCCGAACUACAAGGAUAACCGGGUGGUUGCUCCGAUUUUUUGCCCUGCACGCCAAAGUUUUUGGAGUAGUAACCUUUCGAAUCGAAUGGAAGGAGUCCCGUCUGGUGGCCAGGAAUCUUAAGAGUUACCGGUGGUUCUGCAUAUUGCUGCGACUGAUCAUAAGUGGAAUUUAUGGAUACAGUUUCAGUAGCUGGACAGUACAGCUUAAGGACUGGCUGCUCAUAGGCUUCUUCACCCUUCGAAUGCUGGGGUGUUUGCUCUCCACAGCUGUUCUGAUUGUUCUUCAAAUAUGGUUCAACCAGGAGCUGCUAAACUUGGUCAACAGAUUCCUGGAGCUCUUCCGGAGAGUCAAGAGGUUGAGGGGCGCUAAGCAACAUGGUUUCGGAGGACGUCAUGAGCUCGUCCUGAUGUCCGUCAAGCUGAUUUCCCUGAUCUAUGUGAUCUUUACGUAUAAAGUGUUGUCCUUCUCGCCCUGGAUCAUGCUGACCAUUUUCGGCGAUUUAUAUAUCUCCACGGGUGCUGGUAUAGUAAUGCACCUGUGCUUUGUGGGCUACCUUAGCCUGGCCAUACUGUACCAGGACCUGAACACUUAUGUAGAUUGCCAUCUAAGAGCCCAACUUGGCUCCUUGAGGGACGAAGAUGAGGCUGAAAACGAGCAGCCCUCCCGGCAGGCCAUUUCCAAUUUGGACGAGUGCUUGAACCUCUACGAGGACAUCCACAAGGUGGACAAAGAAUUCCAGAGGCUCUUCAAUCUUCCCCUAUUCAUUAACUUAGUCCAAAGCCUCCUGGCCAUGGCUAUGGUGUCUACCCAUGCCAUCUUACGGCGGCAGUACAUAGUUAAUCUAUGGGGCCUGGUACUCAAGCUACUGAUCGAUGUCUUACUUCUAACUCUAGCGGUUCAUAGGGCCCAGAGGAACUCCCGAAUGAUUAAGAGUCUCAGCCUGGAAAACUUAUACAUCACGGAGAGCAGAAGUCACCAUAUGAAGGUAGGUGGAUAGGUA